GAGAAAUAAAAGACAAGCGGGAGAAAAUAAAGGUUGAGAGCAAAUAACGACGUUUCUCCUUAUUCUGAAAAAUGGCGAGAAGGAAGUUUACCAACUUGGAAGCAAUGCUUAUUGCUUUGUUCGUUAUGAUGACUAUUGUGGCCAUUGCUUUAAUUGUACUUUCAGCCACUAGCAAACCAGAAUGUCCUGACAAAGGUAAAGAGUAAAAUACAGUAGAACCUUUCACCCCACUUUGUCCUUUCGCCAUUCAAGAUAAUGAUCGAACCGACUGCCAUCCACAAGAUGGAGCUUCAAGGGAACGCUGUGAAGCCCGAGGUUGCUGCUGGAAACCAGUGACCAAUGGAAGUGGGCCUUGGUGCUUUUUCCCAGUGAAUAUUGGAUACAAAGUCCAAGAAAGUGUAAAGAAAACACAUACAGGGUUUGAAACUCUACUUCACCGUAUUCCUUCUCCCUCCCUUUAUGGAAAUGAUAUUGAAACACUGCGAAUGACCACUGAAAUUCAGACACCAAAUCGCUUCCGAUUCAAGAUUACAGAUGCUUACAAGCCUCGAUUUGAAGUUCCGCAUGAAAUCACUAAACCAUUUGAGGGUCCUGCAGUGCCAAAUCCUAAUUAUGAAGUUGAGCUUGCUAAGAAUCCUUUUGGAAUUUUAAUCAGGAGAAAGUCCACCAGAACUGUGCUGUUUGAUACUUCAAUCGCACCAUUGAUUUUUGCUGAUCAGUUUUUGCAAAUAAGUGCAACACUUCCUAGUCACAACAUCUAUGGGCUGGGAGAACAUGUUCAUAAACACUAUCGUCAUGACACCAACUGGAAGAUCUGGCCUAUCUUCACCAGAGAUGCAUUUCCUAAUGGGGAGAUGAUUAAUCUCUAUGGACAUCACACUUUCUUUAUGUGCCUGGAAGGAGAGGAUGGCUUAGCCUUUGGUGUUUUCUUGCUGAAUAGCAAUGCAAUGGAGGUUGAACUUCAGCCAAGGCCAUCAGUAACAUAUAGGACAAUAGGCGGAGUUCUGGAUUUUUACAUUUUUGUGGGUUCUUCACCUGAGGAUGUUGUUCAUGAAUACUUAACACUGGUUGGCAAACCAUUAAUGCCUCCAUAUUGGUCUCUGGGAUUCCAACUUAGUCGCUGGGGUUAUAAAAACCUCAGCGAUGUUGAAGCUACAGUGGCGAGGAACAGAAAAAUUAAUCUGCCAUAUGAUAUCCAGAUCACUGAUAUUGACUACAUGGAAAAUAAAAAGGAUUUCACUUAUGAUAUGGAAAAAUUCCACAAUCUACCUGAAUUUGUUCAUGAUUUACAUGCACAUGGCCAGAGGUAUAUUAUCAUUCUGGAUCCAGCCAUAAGCACUCAGGCACUAAUAAAUGGUCCCUAUGAAUCUUAUGAUAAGGGCACAAGAAUGGGAGUAUGGGUCAAUGAAUCUGAUGGAAAGACACCCCUUUUGGGAGAGGUCUGGCCAGGUGAAACUGUCUUCCCCGAUUACACAAAUCCCCAGUGUAUUAAAUGGUGGGUAGAGGAAUGUUCGAACUUCUACCAAAAGAUAAAUUAUGAUGGACUUUGGAUAGAUAUGAAUGAAGUGUCAAGUUUUAAGCCGGGUUCAACAAAAGGAUGUGUUAAGAAUCAAUGGAAUGAGCCUCCUUUUGUUCCAAAGAUUCUUGAUCGAUUGAUGUAUUCUAAGACCCUUUGCAUGGAUGCCCAUCAAACUGGAGGAAUGCAUUAUGAUCUUCACAGUCUUUAUGGACACUCUAUGAUACUUGCAACUAAACAAGUAAUUAACCAUGUGUUUCCUGGAAAAAGAAGCAUUAUUCUUUCUCGAUCAACAUUUGCUGGGUCAGGAAGUUACUCAGGACACUGGCUAGGAGAUAAUGGAGCAAACUGGAAUGACAUCAAGUGGGCAAUUCCUGGGAUGCUUGAGUUUAAUCUUUUCGGUUUUCCAUAUAUAGGAGCAGAUAUUUGUGGUUUCUUCGGUGAUUCAUCUGAAGAACUAUGUAGGAGAUGGAUGCAGGUUGGAGCAUUUUAUCCAUUUUGUAGGAACCACAAUGCUGAGAACUACAAACCUCAAGAUCCUGCCUAUUAUGGUGAAGACUCCCUUUUAGUGAACAGUUCCAAGCAUUACUUGAAUAUUCGAUAUACAUUGCUUCCUUACCUCUAUACACUCUUUCACAAGGCCAAUGUUUAUGGAGCCACAGUAGUUCGACCACUGCUUCAUGAGUUUCCUACAGACAGUGCAACAUGGACUAUUGAUCGUCAGUUCCUAUGGGGACCUGCUCUUCUUAUCACACCUGUGCUGGAUCCUAAUACAGAAAUUGUCCAUGCCUAUGUGCCUGAUGCAGUUUGGUAUGAGUAUGAAACAGGUUCUGCCAUAUCGGCUAAAAAGCAGUUUAUGGAUAUGCAUUUACCAGGCGAUAAACUGGGGCUUCAUGUCAGAGGUGGAUUUAUCUUCCCAACACAGCAACCAGCAAAUACUACCUUUUAUAGUCGAAAGAAUCCAUUGGGUCUCCUCGUUGCCCUUGAUGAACAAGAGAAGGCUAGUGGAGAAUUAUUUUGGGAUGAUGGAGAAUCCAAAGAUACUUACGAAAAGGGGGUCUACACUGCCUAUCAAUUUACAGUUGCAGAGAAUGUUUUGGAUAUUAAAGUACAACACCGGGGAUACAUUGACCCAAACAACCUUAUAUUUGAAGAAAUAAAAUUCCUUGGCAUGAAUAGUGUUCCAACAUCCGUCAUUGUGAAACAUAGUCAGGAUGUCACAACUUUAUCACCAGAAAAUAUCAUUUAUCAUCACGCCACUAAGGUUGCUUAUUUUACUGGUCUUCAGCUAGAACUAGGAGAAUCAUAUUCAAUAGAAUGGAAUUCUUCUUCAGUAAUAAGGAUUGACUGUCAUCCUGAAGAACAUGCAAAUGAAGCUGCUUGUCGAAAGCGGGGUUGUAUAUGGGCAAGCAGUCCUGAAGUUUCUGAACCAUACUGCUUUUAUGACAAAGACUACGGUUACCUCCUGAACAAAGACAAGGGAAUUACAUCAACAGAACGUGGAAUGACAGCUGAAAUUAUGAGAAAUAAAGCAUAUCCAGAAAGUUACCAAGGCAUCACCCCAACUGUGCAAAUCCUGCAAGUUGAUAUCACAUACCUGAAUGACCAUAUGUUGAAUUUUAAGAUUUUUGACCCAAAGGCAAAACGAUUUGAGGUUCCAAUCCAGCUAAACAUUCCCAAAAGGACACAAUAUGAUAGUUCUACUAGACUUUAUGAGGUUCAAGUUGUCGAUUUUCCAUUUGGAAUCCUGGUCAAAAGGAAGAGUACGGGUGCAGUGAUUUGGAAUUCCCAAUUGCCUGGUUUAACAUUUACUGACCAAUUUAUACAAAUUUCAACACACCUCCCUUCAAAAUAUAUUUAUGGAUUUGGAGAAACCGAACACCGAAGUUUCAAACAUGAUCUGAACUGGAAUACUUGGGGAAUGUUUGCCAAAGAUCAGCCACCUGGUUAUAAAUUGAAUAGUUAUGGGAGCCAACCUUUUUAUAUGGGUCUUGAAGAAAAUUUCAAAGCCCAUGGUGUAUUAUUGUUGAACAGUAAUGCAAUGGAUGUAACACUUCAACCAUAUCCUUCCCUAACAUAUCGCACUACUGGAGGAAUCCUGGAUUUUUAUAUGAUUCUUGGUACAAAUCCAGAAAAUGUUGUUGAACAAUAUACAGCACUUAUUGGCCGCCCAGUCAUGCCUCCCUAUUGGUCACUGGGAUUUCAGUUAUGUCGAUAUGGAUACAAGAAUACCACUGAAAUUGAGGAGCUCUACACUGACAUGAAGAAUGCAAAUAUACCAUAUGAUGUACAAUAUGUAGACAUCGAUUACAUGGAGCGGCAGUUGGACUUUACUCUUGAUGUCGAUGAUUUCCAGAAUUUGCCAGACUUCUUUAAUAAAAUAAGAAGUGAAGGGAUGAGAACUAUUAUCAUCUUGGAUCCAGCAAUUUCAGGAAAUGAAACUAAACCUUAUGAAGCCUUUACCACUGGAAAAGAUAGUAAUGUCUUCAUUAAAUGGAAAAACAGUCUUGAUAUUGUAUGGGGGAAGGUAUGGCCAGAUAUUCCAAAUAUAACGGUAGAUACUUCAAAAGACUGGGACUAUCAAGUGGAGCAUUAUCGAGCUUAUGCUGCUUUCCCGGACUUCUUCCGCAAUGAAACAAUCAACUGGUGGCAUACAGCAAUAAAAGAAUAUUAUGAGAGAACUUUGAAGUUUGAUGGACUUUGGAUUGACAUGAAUGAACCCGCCAGCUUUGUUCAUGGAUCUGUUCAUGGGUGUCAUGAUAAGAAACUGAACUAUCCACCUUAUAUGCCAGCUCUUGAAUCAAAGCAUUUGGGACUGAGUCACAAAACCCUCUGUAUGGAAAGUGAACAAUUUCUACCUGAUGGAACUGCAGUAAGACACUAUGAUGUGCAUAACCUGUAUGGAUGGUCACAAACAAAGCCAACACUCGACUCAUUACAGAAUAUAACUGGAGAGCGAGGAAUUGUGGUGACACGUUCAACUUUCCCAUCUACUGGCCAAUGGGCGGGACAUUGGCUUGGAGACAACACAGCUGCCUGGAAUCAGAUGCAUAAAUCAAUUAUUGGAAUGAUGGAGUUCAGUCUAUUUGGGAUUUCUUAUACUGGAGCAGAUAUCUGUGGCUUUUUCAAGGAUACUACAUAUGAAAUGUGUCUUCGAUGGAUGCAACUUGGAGCAUUCUACCCCUAUUCUCGGAACCACAAUGGAUUGGGCUCCAUUAGUCAAGAUCCAGUGGCCUGGAAUGAGACAUUCCAAAACAUCACAAGGAAUGUUCUACAAAUACGUUACAAAUUGUUGCCAUUUCUCUACACAUUGAUGUAUGAAGCUCACGUUCAAGGCAGUACAGUAAUUAGACCAUUACUUCAUGAGUUUUUUGAAGACAAAAAUACGUGGGAUAUUGAUCGACAGUUCCUCUGGGGUGGGGCACUGAUGAUUAGUCCUGUGUUGGAUCAGGGGGAAACUUCUGUGCAUGCAUAUAUCCCGGACUCUCUCUGGUAUGACUGGUAUACGGCCAAAAGCAUCCCUCAAAGACGUAAGUGGAUUGAUAUGCCAGCACCACUCGAUCACAUUAAUCUUCAUAUCAGAGGAGGUUAUGUUAUUCCCUGGCAAGAGCCAGGAAAUACUACAUAUUACAGCCGAAGGAACUUCCUGGGACUUAUAGUUGCUUUGGAUGAUAAACAAAUCGCUCGUGGUCAACUUUUCUGGGAUGAUGGUCAAAGCAUCGACACAUUUGAAAGAAAGGAAUAUUUCCUGGCUAAAUUCACUGCUGAUGAGAACAGGGUGCAAACUGAAAUUGUUCACAACAAUCCAAAGAGUACAGCAAGUGAAGUGAAAUUGGGACAUCUCCAAGUCUGGGGACUGAGAAACUUUCACUCUACAAAUGUCACUGUAACUUAUGAGAACAAUAAUCACACAAUCAACAAUGUUGAGUACAGACCUGAAUCACAGGGCAAUUUGGCUUUAACGUGA